CACCAUCCACCACCUACUCAGCGACACCGGUAGGAAGGAGCGCAAGGGACGACCACCAUGACGACGGAAUCUUCUUCUGAGCUGGCUUACCUCGACAAGUCCAUCGCCAUUCGCCAGAUUGGCGAGGAUAAGUUCGAGUCCUACUUCCCCGCUGAGAAAUCCGGCGCCUGGAGUCUGUACGCUUGGGGCGGCUCCGUCCUGUCCCAGUGUCUCAAUGCAGCAUACCAUACGACACCCUCGCCCUCUUCCGGCACGUCAUCUCACCUCUAUUCGGUCAUGGGCUUGUUUCUAGGCCCAACACUGGCCGACAAAACGGUGCAAUUCGAGGUGCAACGGCUGAGGGAUACAAGGACCUUUGCCACGCGUCAGGUCAUCGUCUGGCAGGUCCAGGCAGAGGGCAAGGCACCCCGACGCAUCCUCCAGAUGACCCUCGACUUCUUCAUUGGCUCGGGCAUCAUGGGGAAGCCACAUUUGGCCUACGAGCCAGAGCCGCUGCAGCAAGGCCUCUCCCACCACUCCAAGCUCAAGCUCUGGGCCGAGCAGCUCGAUGACGCGCAGAACGACAAAAAUAACCCGUUCACUGUCAAGGCCAGGAAGCUGCACAGGAAGCUCUUCACCCACAUCGUCGACCGCAUGGAGAUGAAGAUCCCGCUCGAGGGCUUCGACUGGGAGCGCUUCGAUGCCUACGUCCUUGGCGGCCACGAGGAUCUGCCUGACAUCGACGUGACCAAGAAGACGUACAACGACUGGUUCCGGCCUUGGCAGGCGCUGCGGCUGCAAAAGGACGUCGAAGAUGGUUCUCUGCCAGCGCCCGCGGGCAUCUUGAUGCCACGGACGAGGCAGGAGGCAGAGGCGUGCGCCCUCAUGCUGCGCCUCGACGACAUCCUGCCUGCCGUGCCCAUGAUGCUGGGCGGCAAGACGUUUCUCCAGUGCUCCAACUUCACCUCGCUCGACUUUGCCCUGCGCUUCCACCACCAGGACGCCAACACUGAGGCCGGCCAGGACAACCAGUGGUUCCUGCGCCAGUCUACGUCGGCUUGGGCGCAGGACGGAAAGUCGUUCAAUGAGUCCAAGUGCUGGAAAGAGGGCAGGGACGGCAAGCUGCGCCUCGUUGCCACAAUGUCGCAGACGACAACUCUCGUUAGAGCAGCGAAGAUGUAGAUGCAAGACGAGAAUCGAAAGGAUCCGUUGCAUGGUCAUUCUGUUGCUUGGUCGCAGUUUGAAGCUGAGGAGAGAGGAGCCCCAGACUUUGAGACGUCCCGGCUGGCUGCUGCUUUGGCGAUGUGUUGCUUAGAACGUACUAACUGUCUCAGCUGAAGACUGUGGAGCCAACAGAAAGAGAUCAAGUCAUCUUCGCGUAGUGCAUCGGACCUCAUUCAAGUGAUGGCAACCAGAUAGCUUGGGCAUUUAAUAAAGGCUCGAGAGAUAUACAUCAGACACUAGAGUACAGAAAUGAGAGAGAGAGAGCAUGAGGAACAGAAAUGGGAAGCAGAAAUGGAGGGUGAAGAGAGGAACACAGAGAGAGAGAGAGACCAUCUUU